AUGGUUGAUGAAAAACCAUUACAUCUUGGUUUAUGGGAUACAACUGAAGAAACAGAUUACCAUAGCUUCAAACGACUUGUGUAUAUAAAAACUGAUGUAUUGCUUAUUUGUUUUUCACUUGUUGAUCCAGCAAGUUUUGAAAAUGUUAAAGCUAAAUGGUAUCCAGAAGUACGUCAUCAUUGUCCAGCAACACCAAUAAUACUUGUUGGUACAAAACUCGAUUUACGUGAAGAUAAAGAAACUAUUGAAAAAUUAAAAAAUAAAAAACUUGCACCAAUAACUUAUCCACAGGGUCUUGCAAUGGCUAAAGAAAUUGGAGCAGUCAAAUAUAUGGAAUGUUCAGCAUUUACAGAACAAGGACUGGAAGAUAUUUUCGAAAAAGCAGUACGUGUGAGCUUAGCUGAGAGAAAGAUUCGCACUUGUUGCCUUUUGUAA